AUGUUCAAUGCGCUGAACCGCUUCAUGUCCCGCCUGGACGGGCAGCAACCGACCCAUCAGAGCAACAACCAGGGAUCCUUCGGCUUCCAGGUCCUGCGGAAUACCAACCUCGAACUCAACAUUGAGCCGUGGUUCGACUUCAUCAUCGGUAUCAACGGCCGUCCUAUUGACAACCCCGACCCCCGCCUCUUCGCCCAAGAAAUCCGCAACUGCGCAGGCGGCACCGUCCUCCUCGGUCUCUGGUCCGCCAAAGGCCAGCGCACGCGCGAGCUGCACGCCCUAGUCCCCCAUGACACCGCCUCCCUCGGCCUCUCCCUGCAAUGGACGCCCCUCGCUGUCGCCGCCAACAUCUGGCACGUCCUCGACGUCGCCGCCAACUCGCCUGCUGACGGGGCCGGCCUGCUGCCGUAUGGUGACUACAUUCUCGGCAGCCCCGAGGGCGCGCUGCACGGCGAAGGCGGGCUCAGCGAGCUCGUUGAAGACCACAUCGGCCGCCCCCUGAGGCUGUACGUGUACAACAACGAAUACGACGUCACGCGCGAGGUGACGAUCCAGCCGAGCCGGGAGUGGGGUGGCGAGGGGGCUCUCGGUUGCGUCCUGGGCUACGGCGCGCUGCACAGACUGCCGGCGCCAUUAAACGAGCCCGUGCAUGCGCCGGGGGAGAUGAUGUUUGACGGAGAGAAAGACCCGGCUACUGCGCUGUACGGAGCUGCUGCUGCGGGAGGCGACGCGCAGCAGAGUCUGUUCGUGCCGGCCGAUGCCGCCGGUGUCGGUGCGGGUGCGCCGCCGUCAGGGGGCGACUUCUUGGUGCCUGCGCAGAUGGUCGACGCGGGCGGGGCGCCGCCGCCGCCUCCUGCGGGUACGGCGACGACGAGAAAGAAGAAGGAGAGGCACCACGGCGGGAACAACUUCAUGGACGACUACUUCAAGGAAGAGGAGAAGAAGAGCAGGGAGGCGGAUAACGCGCCGAGCGGGAGAGGGACGCCGGUCGCGCCGCCUCCAAAGAUGGGGGGCCCUCCGCCGCCACCAAGGGCGGGCUCCACGGGGCCGCCGACGGAGGAGCUGGCCGCGGCUGACGGGGCCGAGUGA